AGAGCAAAAAUGAUGAAAUCAAAACGUAUGCGAUGUCAUCUUUGAUAUUCGGAGCAAACUGUUCACCGUUUAUUGCUCAAUUUAUUAAAAAUAAAAAUGCAAAACGGUAUGAAUCAUCGAAACCAGAGGCGGUAAACGCAAUAUACAAACAAUUCUAUAUGGAUGAUUACAUUGAUAGUUUCGAAGACGCUGCCCCGGCUAUACAAUUAAUACAAGAAAUAUCCUAUAUACACAGACACGGAGGUUUCGACAUAACUAACUGGAUGAGCAACAGUGAAGAGGUGUUAAAUAGUUUGCCUAAAGAAACCUUGUGCCCGAGUGCCGUAAAAUUUAAAAUCGGACAAGACGGAGGCGAACGAACACUGGGAUUAAUAUGGUACCCUAACGAAGACGAGUUAGGAUUUGACGUGUCUUUCAAACGAAUUCCUGAAAAUAUAGUUGACGGUCUUAAACGUCCUACAAAGAGAGAGGUGUUACAAUUGGUUAUGUCGAUAUUCGAUGUGUAUGGGUUCUUAUCUCCAUUUACCAUAAAGGUUAAAAUAUUACUACAAAAAUUGUGGAAAUCAAACAUAGACUGGGACGAUGAAAUACCGGAUGCAUUCUGUACGAAAUGGUUUAACUGGAUAAAAUUAUUAAAGUGUUUACAUAACGUAAGAAUACCUCGCUGUUACCAUGCGAGUAUUCGAGAGAGCGAGACGGCAAAUGCACUUAAUGCACCGAAUAACAGCGAACCUACGCUACGCACCCCGCGCGCCAUUGACAAGAGCGCUUCGCCUUCCGCGCGCGCCUCGCUUACGACUAGUUAUACAGAUUUACAGCUACAUAUAUUUUGCGACGCAUCUACGCAAGCGAUGUGUGCCGCGGCAUAUUGGCGUUGGAUUAAUAAUCGCGGAAAAAUAUAAAUAGCAUUCAUUUCAAGUAAAUGCAGAGUGGCGCCGGUUAAACAGAUGUCUGUGCCCCGUCUAGAACUACAAGCCGCCCUUUUAGCAGCGAGGCUAUCUGAUACAAUUAUAAAGGAACACAAAACUGUACCGUCAGAAAAAUAUUUCUGGUGUGACUCGUCAACAGUUUUGCACUGGAUCAGAAACCACGAGCGUGAUUAUAAACCAUUCGUAGCCCACAGACUGGGAGAAAUUGAUGAGCUAUCAUUAACAAAGGAAUGGCAUUAUGUACCUACUAAAAUGAACGUCGCUGACAUCGCUACCAGAGACACAUGUGAGUUAAGUGUCCUACAUAAGGAAUGGUUAUAUGGCCCCGAGUUCCUCUAUGAUGCACAAAAUUGUUGGCCCAAGGACAUACCUGAUGAAGUCUCAGAUGAUGUACUGGAACGUGUCUCCCUCGUGAGUGAAGUCAUUUCACUCCCUGUGCCGAAUCCUGAAAAGUUUUCUUCGUGGUUACGCCUAUUGAAAACAACAUGUAUCGUAUUGUCUUUCAUAGAUAAGUGUAAAAAACUUACGGGUGAAGUCAAUGGCGACAUGAUGAGGAGGGCAGAGCGCCUAUUGAUCGUUUACUCGCAGAGUCAAUCAUUCGCCGACGACCUGAAGCACCUGAAAAAUAAAAAGUCAUUAGAACGUACAAGUAAAUUACUUACCUUAUCUCCCUUGAUUGACGAGCACGGAGUUCUUCGGGUCGGCGGCCGCAUCGACGCUGCACCUGCAAUAUCACCUGAAACAAAACAUCCGGUUAUAUUAGAUGGGCGUAAUUAUAUAGCCAAGCUAUUAGUGAGACACUACCACGUGAAAGCUGCCCAUGGUAACCGGGAGAGUGUGGUAAAUAAUCUGAAACAAAAAUAUUGGAUAAUUAGAAUGAGACCUACUGUAAAACAAGUAACAGCCGCAUGUAUGUUUUGCAA